UCACACGUGUGAAUUCCACCUACGAAAACCUCGACAGUCGCAGACUCCACAACCAAGUCCCUUCGGCGGCGGAGCUCCGGAAUCCAUCCUAAUUUUCCGAGAGAUUUCUCUCUCUCUCUCUCUCUCCGAGUUUCUAGGGUUCAAGGCUAGAGUGUUUCCAUGGCUCAAUUGCAUGCCAUUUCCUCAUGUUCUUCGUCCAGGAUUAGCUUGCUUUCCUCUGCACAAGCAGAGUGGCCUGUCCGACGUAAAAAAAUAUCUUGCGUGAAGAGACCCUGCUCUUUCCAGGAGGCUGGUGCUGUGUCUAGUGGUUUCCUUGGGCAUUUAUCCAUUCAUCAUAGUUUACACCAAGCACCAUCGUCUCGGACCAAAGCCAUACUGAACGUACUGUCCAGUGAAAAGGAUGGUGGAUUGACCAGCCCGGGGACAACUGAAAAUGGCAGGGGAUUGCGUGGACAGUUGAAGAAAGUGGUCUUGGCCUAUAGUGGUGGUUUGGACACAUCAGUGAUUGUGCCAUGGCUAAGGGAAAACUAUGGCUGUGACGUUGUAUGCUUCACUGCAGAUGUUGGUCAAGGUGAUAUGGAGAUGGAAGGCUUGGAAAGAAAAGCCAAGGCUAGUGGGGCAUGCCAACUUGUUGUUAAGGAUCUAAAGGAGGAAUUUGUUAGGGAUUUUAUAUUUCCAUGUUUGCGUGCUGGUGCAGUCUAUGAACGGAAAUAUCUUCUUGGAACUUCAAUGGCGCGUCCUGUUAUUGCUAAGGCAAUGGUUGAUGUUGCUAAAGAAGUUGGCGCAGAUGCAGUUGCACAUGGAUGCACAGGAAAAGGGAAUGAUCAGGUUCGUUUUGAACUUACUUUCUUUGCGUUGAAUCCCGAACUUAAUGUUGUGGCUCCAUGGAGAGAAUGGGAUAUCAAGGGACGAGAAGAUGCUAUAGAAUAUGCAAAGAAGCAUAAUGUCCCUGUUCCUGUCUCAAAGAAAUCUAUAUAUAGCAGAGAUCGGAAUCUGUGGCACCUUAGUCAUGAGGGUGAUAUCCUCGAGGACCCAGCAAAUGAACCAAAAAAGGAAAUGUACAUGAUGACUGUGGACCCUGAAGAUGCACCUAACCAACCUGAGUACGUGGAGAUCGGUAUUGUUGCCGGUAUACCUGUCUCAUUAAAUGGAAAGGACCUCUCCCCGGCAUCAUUACUAUCAGCGCUUAAUGAGCUUGGAGGGCAACAUGGCAUUGGCCGAGUUGACAUGGUUGAAAACAGACUCGUCGGCAUGAAGAGCCGUGGUGUCUACGAGACUCCCGGGGGCACCAUCCUCUACGCAGCUGUCCGUGAACUUGAAUCUUUGACACUAGACCGCGAGACCAUGCAGUUCAAGGACACAAUUGCCCUCAAGUACGCUGAGCUUGUUUAUGCUGGCAGAUGGUUUGAUCCUCUCCGCGAGUCCAUGGACGCAUUCAUGGAGAACAUAACAAAGACCACAACCGGGUCUGUGACUCUCAAGUUAUACAAGGGAUCUGUGACUGUCGUUUCACGGCGAAGCCCCAGUAGUUUGUACAGGGAGGACAUAUCAUCAUUCGAGAACGGCGAUAUUUAUAAUCAAGCAGAUGCUGCUGGAUUCAUCCGUCUCUAUGGUUUACCGACUAGGGUAAGGUCAAUGCUGGAGAGAGGAAUCUGAAAGCUUAUGUAUAAUGUUAUCGAGUGAUAAACUUAUCGGUCUCAUUGAUCAAUAAACUGAUUCCGGAUUUGCUGUGUUUGAGCUUUUUGGUAGAUGAGAGUAAGAGACAGGUCUGUGAACCUGUGACUAGUCCCUCUCAUGUAUUAAUCCUUUGCUUUAUUUAUGUAUGUUUGGAUUCUGGUUGGCUUUAUAUUAUUUGGCAUUUUAGGGUUA